AUGGUGGUUGAGGAUAUACUGCAGAAGAUUAUGAGGUUAUUUGAUGCAACUUAUGAGAAUGUCAAGGAGAUGAGAGGUGAACUAUAUGGAAUUAGAAAAAGGUUGAUACUAUGGGGUCUUGAUAAAUUGAAAGAGAAGUUGGUGUCCGCGCCCACUAUUACUAUUUCACCAGAUUUGAGUGAGCCACAUGAGGUGAUGUACGAUGCGAGUAGGGUUGCACCUGUUAUGGUAUUGGGACAGAGAAGGGAUAAAAUUCUUCACCCUAUCUACGAUGCGAUUAAAGCCUUGGAUGAAUCCAAGAAUAAAUACAUGUUUGACUUCGGGGUGAAAGACAGAAAAAUGAAUGAGAAUCAAGUAGCUGACUACUCGUCUAUAUUGGAGGAUGAAGCGAUACAGGAAUUGGGAGAAAAAGCUAAAAUUCAUGAUGCAUUCUUAGAUGAACAUGUAUUCACCUACUCUAAAGAUUUGAUACCAUGGUUCACAGACAUUGCGAACAAUCUGUCAAGUGAUGUGGUUCAAUUAUAUUUGACAUUCCACAAAAGGAAAAAGUUCAUGCAUGAUGUGAAAAAGUUUUUUGGGAUCAAGUACAUUCAUAUGGCGGUUGACUAUGUGUCUUUAUGGGUAGAAGCAAAUGUGCUCCAUAAUAAUGAAGGGAAGAGUGUCAUCACAUUCCUAAAGAAGAAUAUAUUCUCCAAAUAUGGUACACCAAAGUCCAUCAUUAGAGAUGACGGCUCACACUUUUGUAAUAAUUUGUUCAAAGCGUUGCUUGAGAAAUAUGGUGUUCUUCAUAAUAUAGCUACAGCUUACCACCCAAGGACUAGCGGGCAAGUGGAGGUGUCCAAUCAAGAGAUAAAAAAGUUUUUCGCAAAAAGUGUGAACACCAAUAGAACAGAUUUGUCAAGGAGGCUAGAUGAUGCUCUUUGUCCCUACAACACUGCAUACAAGACUCCCAUAUGUAUGGUUCCAUACCAACUUUUAUAUGGGAAGACUUGUCAUUUACCGGUCAAUCUGGAGCACAAGGUGAUGUGGGCAAUGAAGAGACUGAAUUUGGAUAGGACCGAAGCAUCAGAACAAACGGUAAAUGAGUUGAAUGUGUUUAAUGAGUUUCGACUAAAAGCAUAUGAAAAGUUCAGUCAUCUAUAA